AACCUAGACCCACCACCCUUCCUCACAGCUAGUCAAAUAAUUUUGUAUCCCCAUUCCACUUCAAACCUCUAUAAAUAGCAUAACACUCAACACCAAAACCCAACACAAACUAACUUUGUUAAAGAAAGAGAUAGAGAGAAAAAACACAAAGAGAGUAGUAGAAAGGAAAGUGAAAAAAAAAAAAAAACAACAAAACUCAUCAGCCAAAACAGUUAUUAUAGAGAUGGAGAAGUUCCCUAUUAUCAAUUUGGAGAAGCUCAAUGGUGAGGAGAGGAACUCCAUAAUGGGGCAAAUCAAUGAUGCCUGUGAAAACUGGGGUUUCUUUGAGCUUGUGAAUCAUGGCAUACCCCAUGAGUUCUUGGACACAGUUGAAAAGAUGACAAAAGAACACUACAGAAAGUGUAUGGAGGAAAGGUUCAAGGAGCUUGUGAAAAGCAAAGGCCUUGAUGCUGUUCAAGCAGAGGUCAAUGACAUUGAUUGGGAAAGCACCUUUUUCCUGCGCCACCUUCCUGUCUCAAAUAUAGCUGAGAUCCCAGAUCUUGAUGAUGAAUACAGGAAAAUCAUGAAGGAAUUUGCUCAGAAGUUGGAGAAACUAGCAGAGUAUCUGUUAGAGCUGCUAUGUGAGAAUCUUGGACUAGAAAAAGGGUACCUGAAAAAAGCAUUUUAUGGAUCAAAAGGCCCAACCUUUGGGACCAAGGUCAGCAACUACCCUCCUUGCCCUAAGCCUGAUCUGAUCAAGGGUCUCAGGGCCCACACCGACGCCGGUGGCAUCAUUCUCCUCUUUCAGGAUGACAAGGUCAGCGGCCUCCAGCUCCUCAAGGAUGACAAAUGGAUUGAUGUGCCUCCUAUGCGCCACUCUAUUGUUAUCAACCUUGGUGACCAACUUGAGGUGAUCACCAAUGGAAGAUACAAGAGUGUUCUUCACAGGGUAAUUGCACAAACAGAUGGUACUCGUAUGUCUUUAGCUUCAUUCUACAAUCCUGGAAGUGAUGCUGUUAUCUACCCAGCACCAUCUCUGGUGGAGAAAGAAGCUGAAGAGAAAAACCAAGUCUACCCAAAAUUUGUUUUUGAAGAUUACAUGAAGCUCUACACUACAGUCAAGUUCCAACCCAAGGAGCCAAGAUUUGAGGCCAUGAAAGCUGUCGAAGCUAAGGUCACCUUGGGCCCAAUUGCCACAGCUUGAAAUAUACAAUGUUUUUUUUUUACUUGCUAAAUAAAUAAAAAUAUAUUUAUAUAUAUUAUAACAAGAAAAGAAAAGAAAAAAAAAAUAAGAGGUGUUUUCUAUGUUUUAGCCAUGUUGUAACAAGUUUUUAAUCAUUUGUUAUAAAAAUAUUAUUACUCU